AUGACAAAUGUCACUGUGAUACGGCUCUGUAGCCUUCAGGCCUCCCUGAAAACUGUGAAAAUUCAUUAGAAAAGUGCAUAUUAAUCAUACGUGUGUUGUACUGUAACGUGCACCGUUGUACAAAGUGAUUAUUGUUUGUGAAAACUGGGCGUUACGUUGUGUGCUGUAGCGGCGGCGGUGCCGGGGGGGGCAUGCGCCGGCGGCGCUGAGGCAUGAGCGCGGCGCGCGCGCCGGAGCCCCGCGACCCACCGCGCCACCACCGCCAACACCCACAGGGUGGCGGCGAGGUGCGGGCGGGGCGCAGCAAGCGGCCCUCGGCGUCGUCGACCGGGUCCCUCGGCCGGGGCGCGCUGUCCGACCCUGAUCUGCAGAGCCGCCUGCAGCCCAACCUCCCAGCGUUCUGGGAAUCAUCGCCAACAUUGACGCUUUUUUCGUCAAAGGGCUCAGCAGAUUCAAACUAUUCCCAACCAUCGUCGGAGCUGUCGCUUGACGAAGACAAGGAGGCGCUGCGCCGCGAGAAGGAAGCGCAGGCUAUCAAACAGCUGGACAAGGCACGGGAGAAGCCAGUGGCGUUCGCGGUGCGCACCAAUGUGUCGUACGAUGGCACCGUGGACGACGACUCGCCGGUACACGGCAGCGCAAUCUCCUUCGAGGUGCGCGAUUUUCUCCACAUCAAGGAGAAGUACGACAACAACUGGUGGAUCGGGCGCCUCGUGAAGGAGGGCAGCGACGUGGGGUUCAUCCCGUCGCCGGUGAAGUUGGAGGCAGUGCGGUCGGGGCUGAACGCCAGGGGGCGCUACCCGCGGCCGGCGUCCACGGCGCCCCACCAGCAGCACGCGCCGCCCCUCUCCAGAGGUAGCACCCCUCCCACGCCCGAUGUGCCAUCGUUCGAUCGAGGCGAGGAGUCAGACGGCGCGGGGCGCGGGCGGGGCGCGGGGGCGGCGGGGGGCAAGGAGAAGCGCAAGCCGUUCUUCAAGAAGGCGGAGACGAGCACCCCGUACGACGUGGUGCCCUCCAUGCGCCCCGUCGUCAUCGUGGGGCCCAGCCUCAAGGGCUACGAGGUCACCGACAUGAUGCAGAAAGCUUUAUUUGAUUUUCUCAAAAGACGCUUUGAAGGCAGGAUAAUAAUAACGCGCGUGAUGGCCGACAUAUCUCUCGCGAAGCGUUCUCUGCUCAACAACCCAUCGAAACGUGCCAUCAUGGAGCGUUCCAACUCGCGGUCCACUUGCCUCGCUGAAGUGCAGGCGGAGAUCGAGAGGAUAUUCGAGUUGGCUCGCACGCUGCAGCUCGUGGUGCUGGACUGCGACACCAUCAACCACCCCUCGCAACUGGCCAAGACUUCGCUGGCUCCCACCAUCGUGUACCUGAAGAUAUCCAGUCCCAAGGUGCUACAGCGACUGAUAAAAUCCCGUGGCAAGGGCCAGACGAAGAACCUGUCGGUGCAGAUGGUGGCGGCGGAGAAGCUGGCGCAGUGUCCGCCAGACAUGUUCGACGUCAUCCUGGACGAGAACCAGCUCGAGGAUGCUUGCGAACAUAUUGCUGAAUAUUUAGAGGCGUACUGGCGCGCGACCCACCCACCGGUGCACGAGGACACGGCGCCGGCGCGCGCCUCGCAUCUACCGCGCGCGCAUGCGCACCAUGCACACGCCAUGCCUGAACCCCCUGCUAACACUGGAGGACACCGCGAGAGGUCCGACUCGUAUUCCUACGAGAGGGAAAGAGGCGGCAGGUCCCGCGCGGCGCGGCCGGAGCGGCUGGAGGAGGACUACUACCCGCGCGGCGCCGAGCGGUACGAGCGCGGCUACCCGCGCGAGUACCACGACUACGGGCCCGAGUACACGCGCGAGCGCGCGCAGCCGGCGCACGCGGCCGCCGCGCACGACGCGUACGGCCACGACUACACGCGUGACUACGGCCGCGACGCUUACGCGAGGGAAGAAUACGGGCGCGAGUACGCGCGUGACGAGCGGCGCCGCGACCGUGACCCACCGGACGACUACGGGCCGUCGCGCCGCGCGCUUAACGCUGUGUAACCGCGCCGCGCUGCGCCCCGCACCGUGCGCCUGCCGCGCCGCACUGCCGCGCUGUACCACCCUGCACUACUUGGCAGUAGUCAGUGCCACAGCGUGCCGCAGUGCCGCACGUUCUGCCGCACGGUGCAGGUCGCCGUGCCGCGUCUCGCCGCGCCGCCGCUUCUCGCGGCGAUUGUAUAAAUUUUACAUACUGAAGAGGGAGCUAAGUUUAGUACCGUUAGAUAUUAUCCGUUUCCCAUUUUUUGAACAUACUCUGUAAUUAUAUUGCAUCGUCUGUACUUCAUUGUUGCAAUCAUUUGUAAAUAAAAUACUUUAUAUCGAU